UCCAAUUAUAUCUUUUUCUUAGGAAAAUCCUUACUUCGCAGGGAAAAAGAGUGAAGGAUGCAGAGGUUAUGUUCAGCCAGAUCUCUCUGUGCUUCGGUUUUGAAGAAGGAGAUACAUCGUGCUUCUUUCUCCACUUCGUUACUCUUCGAUGAUACUCAGUUGCAGUUUAAAGAAAGUAUUACGCAAUUUGCACAAGAAAACAUUGCCCCUUAUGCAUCGAAGAUAGACCAAACAAAUUCUUUCCCCAAGGAGGUUAACUUAUGGAAACUCAUGGGGGAUUUUAAUCUUCAUGGAAUAACUGCACCAGAGGAAUAUGGAGGACUUGGUCUUGGUUACUUAUAUCACUGUAUAGCAAUGGAAGAAAUUAGCCGUGCUUCAGGGUCUGUUGCUCUCUCGUAUGGUGCUCAUUCGAAUCUGUGCAUCAAUCAGUUGGUGAGGAAUGGAAGCCCAGCACAGAAAUCAAAGUACUUGCCAAAGCUUAUCAGUGGGGAACAUGUAGGAGCUCUUGCAAUGAGCGAACCAAAUGCUGGUUCUGAUGUUGUUAGCAUGAAAUGUAAAGCUGAUCGUGUUGAUGGGGGUUAUGUUCUAAAUGGGAACAAGAUGUGGUGCACUAAUGGUCCAGUUGCUCAGACACUGGUUGUUUAUGCAAAGACAGAUAUCAGUGCUGGCUCAAAAGGAAUUACAGCAUUCAUCAUUGAGAAGGGGAUGCCUGGAUUCAGCACUGCUCAGAAACUAGACAAACUCGGGAUGCGAGGAAGUGAUACAUGUGAGCUUGUCUUUGAGAACUGCUUUGUUCCAGAAGAAAAUGUCCUAGGGACAGAAGGAAAAGGAGUUUAUGUAAUGAUGUCAGGCCUAGAUUUGGAGCGACUUGUUUUAGCUGCUGGACCCCUUGGUAUAAUGCAGGCAUGUCUUGAUGUUGUUCUUCCUUAUGUCAAAGAGCGAGUACAGUUUGGUCGUCCUAUUGGUGAAUUUCAGUUUAUACAGGGGAAAGUUGCAGACAUGUAUACUUCCCUACAAUCAUCAAGGUCGUAUGUGUAUUCAGUUGCAAGGGACUGCGACAAUGGGAAAACUGAUCCUAAGGACACUGCUGGAGUUAUACUUUGUGCAGCUGAAAGAGCCACUCAAGUUGCUCUGCAGGCUAUACAAUGCUUAGGUGGUAAUGGAUACGUGAACGAGUACCCAACAGGCCGUCUUCUCCGUGAUGCCAAACUAUAUGAAAUUGGGGCAGGCACCAGUGAGAUUAGAAGAAUGAUAAUUGGUCGUGAGCUCUUUAAGCAACAUUGAGAGAGGUUUGAAGCAUCCUCAUUUUCAUACUUGUAUCAUUUACCUUCCAAUAAUAUUACUCCGAGAUGUAAAAAUCUCAGUCCAUUGAAGAAAAGACACUCUUAAUUUCAGAAAAAUAAAUUCUCACCUUAUGAUGGCAAGGUUAUACUCAAAUUU